AUGACUUCUCCAAAAAUUAUUGGUGAUCCCUAUUACCAUAUAGUACCUUAUAAUGCACCCAUCCCAAUAGAAAUAGAAGAAAAUCGUUGGUUUAGCGUUGUCUUAUACGCCAAGUUUCUUCGUGUUCCGCUCGAGCACGAAGAAUAUUCCAAUGUUCUUUUCACAAAUUGUUUACAAUUUUCAUACGAGACACUGAUGAGGUUCAACAGUACUGAAGCCAAAGUUAUUUUACAAGACAUGUUUGCUGAGGUUUUUCUUCCUAAUUCAGUUUUUUUUAUUACAAAUGAAAUUAUUAAUUAUUGUAAGAAGAUAUGGGAUGAUAAUGAGUAUAAUUUAAGUAUAAAAGUAGAUGUUGAUGUUUUUGUUGACGAACUACCUCAACCCAAAUGGUCUGAUGACGAUAACAAUUAUGAUGAAGAUGAAGAUUACGAUUACGAUGACGAUGAUGAUAAUGAUGAUAAUGACGAUGACGAUGACAGUGAUGAUAAUUCAUAUGAGACAGAUGAUCUUGUUGAUUUGAUUGAUGACGUUAGUAUUGAUUUCAUGGAUGAUAUUCCUAUUAAUUUUGUGGCGGCGGAUGAAAAGUCGAUCGAAAAACUAGAAAAAGUGUGGAUCAAAGAAGAUCUUAUCUUUUGUUCGAUUUGUUUGGAAAAAGUUUCGGUUGGUUUGGAAGUCACUAGAUUACCGUGCACUCACACAUAUCAUGAAAAAUGUAUUGUUGAGUGGUUACAAAUUAGUAAAUUUUGUCCCAAUUGUAGAGUUGAAAUAGUUUAA